ACCCUGAACCACGUUUCUCCUGGUCCGUAACUCGGGAGCCAACCGACCGAGCGACCCCCUCGUUUACCCGGGUUAUUUAUGGAAGAGCUGCGCAGCUCAGGUGGUUGCCUUAGCAAUGGACGGGGAGUCAGAGCCAAACCCUGCCGUCGCAGAAGAGGCAGGGGAGCAGGUGGAGCCCAUGGAUGCCACUCCCUCCCAAGAGCAACAAACCACACCCCCUUCAGAGGAGGCUGGGGAGGCAGUUUCCAUGGUAACAGAAGAUGAAACCACAAAGGAGGGCGGCACAGAGGACAAUGAUGAUGAUGUGGUUCUGGUGGAGGAGGAGGAGGAGGACGCUCCCCAGCCUUCUGCCACAAGCCUUUCCCAAGACACGCCCAGUGCAGACGGCCUCGAGCCGACUGACGAUGUGGCAUCUGUAGACAUGUCCACUGCAGCGAUGCCUUCCAAGACACCCAGUCCUCCUGCGUCUUCCAAUGCAUCCACAGUGGAAGCACUUUCAAAACCUCCAACCACAGCAGCAGAGCCCAUUGUCAUUGAUGAUGAGGAGGACUCUGAACAGAAAGAAACUUCCUCCUCCUCACCAGCGCCUCCUGGAGUCUCCUCCAUAUCCCACUCGCCUGGUGCACUCAGCAGCACCGAGCCAGAUUCAGAGAUCAGGAUAGCCAGUGUCACCACGCUGGGCUCCAGUAGCCAGAAAGGAGAGUCUGCAGAAAAUUCUCCGCCACAUCCCUCGGACGUCCAGGCAGACAUGAACCUGAUGAUUACCUCGGUGACAUCACUGCAGGGAGGAGUGGCAGCUGUCACAGCGGCAGGUGAAGGCCAGGUGGAGGAAAAUGGCCUGCAGAUAAGCAACGCCUUCAGCCUGAAUCCCGACACCCCAUCUGGUCGACCAACAGCCUCCUUCAACCCUGGGCGGGGCUCGGGCCCCAUGGGCCAGCUGGUGCAGAAUGGAGACACAGGGACACACAACAGAGCAGAUUCGUGGAUCUCUCAGUCAGCUUCAGUCCCCCGCAACCAAAAACAAACCGGGGUGGACUCUCCAUCACCAGCCACCUCGCUACCCAAACCUCCAGGCCAGUCUUCCUCAUCGACUUCAUCCUCAGGCUCCCAGCCACAGCCCAGGACGGUCAAGGUGACCUGUGCUAACUGUAAAAAGCCUCUGAAGAAAGGCCAAACGGCGUAUCAGCGUAAAGGCUCCACUCACCUGUUCUGCUCCACCACCUGUCUCUCUGCCUUCUCACACAAACCUGCCCCCAAGAAGAGCUGCACCAUGUGCAAAAAGGACAUCACAAACAUGAAGGGUACCAUCGUGGCCCAGGUCGACUCCAGCGAGUCUUUCCAGGAGUUCUGCAGCACAGGCUGCCUCGGCGCAUACGAGAACAAGCAAAACCCGCCCAAAUCGGGCCUGAAAACCAAAUGUACUGUCUGCGGGCAGCUCACAGAGUGCCGUGCUGUCACCACCACCGCAAAGAACCAGGGCGCAGUGGAUGAAGCCACACCUGCUCAGAUCCGGCACGAGGUUAGCUUUAAGACUGUGACCCACAAGAUCUGCAGCGACGCGUGUUUCAACGUUUACCGCAGGGCUAACGGGUUGAUCAUGAACUGCUGCGAGCAAUGUGGCGACUACCUGCCCACCCGAGCGUCAGCCAACCACUUUCUGCUGGUCGAUGGCCAACAGAAACGAUUCUGCUGUCACACCUGCAUCAGGGAGUUCAAGCAGGCCCACAGUAAACUUGCGAGCUGCGCGAGUUGCAAAACGCUGAUCAAGACGGGCGAGGUGCUCCACAGCCUCGGAGCGGCUGGCACCAUGUGCUCCUUCUGCUCCGUCAACUGCAUGAACAAGGGCAAACUGACGUCGACCUCCUUCAUUAAUACAGAACCCUCAUGUCACUUCUGUAAGAGGAAUUCAUUACCGCAGUACCAGGCCACGCUGCCAGAGGGAAACAUCCUCAACUUCUGCAGCUCACAAUGUGUCACCAAGUUCCAGAACGCGACUCUUCAAACAGCCACGAAUGGACAGACGCCGCUCUCCACUUCAAACAACACAGUCCAGCUGAAAUGUAACUACUGUCGAGGAGCGUUCAGUUUGAAACCGGAGAUUCUGGACUGGGAGGAUAAAGUCUACCAGUUCUGUAGUAAGACGUGUUGUGAGGACUACAAGAAGCUCCACUGCAUUGUGACGUUUUGCGAGUACUGCCAAGAGGAGAAGACGCUACACGAGACGGUCAAUUUCUCUGGGGUCAAGAGACCUUUCUGCAGUGAAGGUUGUAAACUCUUAUACAAGCAGGACUUUAUCAAGCGUUUGGGUCUGAAGUGUGUCAGCUGUAACCACUGCAGUCAGCUGUGUAAGAGAGCUCUGACCCGGCAGCUCGGUGGCAUGACUCGGGACUUCUGCACCGAGACCUGUGCCAAGAAGUUCCACGACUGGUACCACAAGGCAGCGCGAUGUGACUGCUGUAAGGUGCAGGGUAACCUGACAGAGUCGGUGAUGUGGAGAUCAGAACUGAAGCAGUUCUGUGACCAGGAGUGUCUGCUGAAGUUCUACUGCCAACAGAACGAUCCCAUCAUGGUCACACAGAAAGGCCCCGAGAACUCCACCAUAGGGACUGAAGUGCAAGGGACCAAACUUGGGCAUGUGAACCAGGGCACUGUAGCGUACGCUGGUGGAGGUUUGAUGAGAGACGUCAAGAACAAGGCAGUGCUCUGCAAACCGCUCACCUUGACCAAGGCCACCUACUGCAAGCCACACAUGCAGAGCAAACUUCUACAGACAGAUGUAGACGAUGGUGUGAAGAGGGAGUAUGUUCCUGUACCCAUACCUGUGCCUGUCUUCAUCCCCAUGCCCAUGAAUAUGUAUUCCCAGGUCACUCCCUCUCUAGUCUCUCUGCCUAUUCCGGUUCCUGUGCCUGUGUUCCUGCCCACCACCCUGCAGGGGGCAGAACAGAUCAUCCAGACCAUCCGUGAUCUAAAAACCAAGAUGACCUCUGACUCCCUGGAGGCCGACUUGAUCUCCCUGGUGGAUAUGAUCGCAGAGGAGCAGAAGCCAGAUGUGAAGCCAGUAAAAGUGGAGAGGGAACGUGAAGAGGAGGACGCCUCUAGUAGCAGCUCUGAGAAAGAGGAAGACAAAGAAGAGGAGAAGGAAGAAGAGAAGGAGGAGAUGAAGGAGGAGGAGGAAGAAGAAGAGGAGGAGAAGAAGGAGGAAGCAGAAGAAGAGGAGGAGAAGAAGGAGGAGGAAGCAGAAGAGGAGGAGAAGAAGAAGGAGGAGGAAGAAAAAGAGGAGGAGAAGAAGGAGGAGGAGGAGGAGAAGAAGAGGAAGGAGGAGGAAGAAGAAGAGAAGUAUGAGCCCGACCUGGACUUGGAGGCUGACUUCCCUCAAGCCUCAGACCCUGUUCCGGUCUUCGAGGGAAUGGACGACGACAUGGGAUUCUCUCUACCUCCAGUUCUGGCAGAAGAGAAGGAGGAGUCGGAAGAGUCGGCUCCUCGACCCCAGCCAAUGAAACAAGGGAACAAGCGGCGUGCGGUGGAGGAGAACUCAGAUUCAGCCUCGUCCUCUUCUUCCCAUCCAGCCGGCAGACGCUCAGGGGGACGGUCGCUGCCUCUCAAAGCUCGGUACGGCAUCAACGCCUGGAAGCGCUGGGCACUGUCUCAUUCUGACCAAUCAGAUGACGCCAAAGUAAAAGAUGGAUCCAAACCAGGUUGGUCAAAAAGUAACCUGUUGUCGCUGAGCUCCGAGGAGCUGAACGUAGCUCUGUCCCGGUUUGUCAGGGAGGUCUGCCGGUCCAAUGGGGAGCGCUACUCUCCAGACAGCAUCCUCUACCUCUGUCUGGGGAUCCAGCAGCAUCUUCACGCCAAGGGCCGGAAGGAUGACCUGUUCGGUGACGUGUGCUACCAGCAGUUUGGAGAGGAGCUGAACAAAGUGCUGAAGGACUGGCAGCCCAGCGUGCUCCCUGAUGGCUCUCUGUGGGGUCGGGUGGAGGAGCAGAGCCUGUGGAGCAGUCGGCAGCUCGGGGAGCACAGUCCCGCCGCCCUGCUGCGUUCGCUGGUUUACCUGAACACCAAAUACUUCGGCCUACGCACCGUGGAGCAGCACCUCCGCCUCUCCUUCGCCAACGUCUACGGCCCUGACACCGUCCAUCCUGUGACAAAGGAGACAAACGUCUGCAUCCGCGUGCCUUCCAUCUCUCAGGAUCACCACGUACAAACAGAGUCAAGGAAGAGGAAGCGGAAGUUGGAGGAGGGCGAUCAGGACGACGACUCGGGAGGCUCCACCGUUCGAUGCCCGGUUAAGAAGCACGAGUGUCACCUGUACGACCUCUACAGAUCAAAGUGCCCGACGUUGUUGCAGGAGCGUCUAGACGUCUUCUACGUUCAGCCGGAUCCGGCCUGCAGCCCCGGCGACCCGCUGUGGUUCUCCUCCACGCCGCUGGAGCGACGGAUCCUGGAGAGCCUCCUCACCAGAGUCCUCCUGGUCAGGGACAUUUACACAGACAAACAACGGCUAGAAGAAGACGAGGAGGAGGAAGAGGAAGACGUUGGGGCUGAAGCAGCUGGGGGGGUGUAGCAGUCACUUUGGACUUUAGUUAGUCGAGCCUGAACAGUCAGCAGCAGAGGUGGAGGAGGAAAAGGAGUUUAACUAGUAGCUUGUGUACGCUCCUCCUCACCCUCCUUGCAGAAUUGCUGUUUCCUCCUGGUGAGGGACGUGUGCAACGGAGACCCUGAACAGGAAGAGGAUGAUGAGCAGCCCAAACUCGUCCUUCUGCUGAUCGAGCUACAAACAGGAUGAGAAAGUAAUGAAGCUAAACGACACAAAAUAAUGAUGUGAGGAUCUAGUUUGGAGGAAACGGUGGUGGAGCUGUAAUCUGUUAAAGUCGAGUUAAAUCAGGUAGAAAACUUAAGUGUUAACAGUUUAUCACCGUGAUGUUUUGGGGGAAAAAUGGGUCGUCCUGUUGUGCAUUGCCAUUAAUUCUGAUCAUGUAGCUUGUUUUUAGUGCUCAAACAAGCAGCGUACAGAUAUUUGAGCUUUUUAUAAUGCAGAAUCAUACUUUAACAAAGUUUAUCAGGAGGUUACGAGGAGACGACAAGGGACAGGAAGCCAUGGAGUUAUUUCCUCUUCCUUUACAGCUGUUUUGUCCUCCUCACCGUCGCUCUCCAUCGAUGAAAAGGGUAAAGAGGAGCGCGUGAGGUCAAGAGUAACUUACAAAGUGAAUCACAGAGGAAGGGAGAGGAAAGGGUCAGAUGCGACAACCAGAGGAGGAGGUCAGAGUUUCAAAUGUCACAGCUGGUAGGUUGAAAUUUCAUCUUAAUUCCACUCACAUGUUCAUGAUGUGAAAAAUGGAAACGCUGCAGGUAAUAGGAUUUUCUCUGGCCACCGUCAACGAGUGUUCCCAACUCGGCCACCAGAAAGUUUCACUUUAUAUCUCAAAUGUUUAUUUUAAUGAACGAUUAAACUCCAAAUAACAUCUUUGACACCACAACAGGGAUGUAACGAUGAACCACCGCCUCCUCACUUUUUCUUUUGACAUUUGAACAUUUCUAUCAUUACAUGGAGGCAGUGGUGCAGCUUCGGUGGUUUAAUAGUUUUAAAAGCUGUGCACACCCUCACAAUUGUUUGGGCACAUGUCCCAUCUGAUAACAUGGAGGAGGCGGGGUUUAUCGACACUAGAUGGCGAACAAGAUGCUUUGGCUUCACUUAAAUGGAGCAAUCACGUCGUCCAUCUUUCUUUACAGUGAAUGGGUGUAGCAGUGAGAAUGAACGGUGCACGUCAACAGAUGCCCGUGUAAAAUAAACCAAAUCACUGGUGUGGGUUUCUAGGGUCAAAGGUCGUGGCCUGUAACUUAAUCAGGCUUGAGUGAUGAGUGCAUCAUGGAUUUCUUCAGUUUGCGUGAAGAUGGAAUUUCUGACUUUUCUUAAAACGCGUUUCAUACCCAUCUUCCUCCCGGUCCUCAGUAUCACACGUCUCCGUUAUUCUGAGCUGCUUUCGUUCCUCCUCAUCAUCCCGCUCCUCGCUGCUCUUCCUCUUGUCACUUCUGCUCUCAGGCCAAACCGUUUCACCACAGAGGACGAUCCCAGGCCAGAGUCGUCUCUCACCGGGUCUGACUCGCUGUGGUAACCUACCGACAUGCUGCAUUUCUUUAUUAGGACACUAGGGGAACCUUCAAUCAUGCCAUGUAGCAUUACGUGCGUACUAAGCCCAGAUUGGGUUGCUUUGAAGUGUAAAUAUCUUCUGAAACAAGACGGUUAUUUCAGAUGGAGUCGACACAGACGGACAGAAACGCCCACUGAAACCUUCAGCUUAAACCCUUUUUUUUAAAUGACUGAAUAUUUAUUUCUCUUUAUUAGAUUGACUGCAUUCUCUGGGAGUUUGUUUCAUUGGUGCCAUCUUUCUUCAACGGUCAUUCAUUGAAAACCUGCUGCACCCUCGUCCAUGAAAGGGUCUCUGUGCAGCAACCUGCUACACAUGAAGGAUGUUGAUUAUUCAGAGCUCAACAGACUGUUUUUCAGACUUUUCCUUUCUGCUUCUGUCUCCCAGUGUUUCUACUUCCUUGGUAUUUAUGAGUCUUGUUUGAACUAAAUGCUGAUUUAGUUUAAAAUCUCAGCACUUGUUAAGUGCUACAGGACUACAAGGCAAGACUUAUAUCAGAAUAAAGAAUUGGUUGUAAAUUAAAUUUUUAUUUUUUCCAUGAA